CACUGUUGGUAGGAACUAUGGGAACUCCCACCGGGCUUCCUUACUUACACUUCCGUAAAGUUUAGUAGGUGCAACAGGGUAACUGUAGCGUACUGCACGCUACUUAGUUGAGUUUCGUUUAGAUUUUAUUUCGAUUCACUUCAGUUUUAUUUAUUUUUAAAAAUGAGCGAAAUUAAACCAGAGGAUAAAACAGCAACCGAUAAAAAUGAAGAGGAACAAGACUGGGAAGCAGCUAAAGCUUUCUUUGAGAGUCUAAAGACAAAAGCACCGAGGCCGCCCAAACCCCAGAAUGCGGUAACCAUCGCCGUCUCCUCUCGCACCCUCUUCAACAUGGUGGCAGAGAGGAAAAUCUUCGUGGAUGAAGGAGUGGAGAAGUACGUCGCUUUUCAGGUGGAACAUGAAAGCGAUCCGUUAAAGCCGGGACCUGCAUUCCCUUUUGUAAAGGCCCUCAUGAAUGUCAACACUCGACUUAGGAACCUUUACCCCGACAGCGAGGAGCUGUUUGACAUCGUCUUGAUGACUAACAACCACGCUCAAGUCGGCGUGCGCCUGAUUAACAGCAUUAAUCACUACGGUUUGACCAUAGAGAGAUUCUGUAUGACUGGAGGGAAAAGUCCUAUAGGUUACCUGAAGGCCUACAUGACAAACCUUUACCUCUCAAAAAGUGCAGACAAAGUUACAGAAGCGAUAGAGGAAGGGAUUGCUGCAGCCACCAUGUUUAUGUCAAGACAGGAGAGCGAUCUGAGCGACACUCAGCUGAGAGUGGCGUUUGAUGGUGACGCCGUCCUCUUCUCAGACGAGUCGGAGAUCAUUGUGAAGAAGCAUGGCCUCGACACUUUCUUUGAGCAUGAGAAAAAGUUUGAGAACAAACCUUUGGCUCAGGGUCCAUUAAAGUGCUUCCUGGAGGCCCUUGGUAAGCUCCAGAGAAAAUUUUAUGCCAAGAACGAGCGUCUGAAUUGCCCGAUCAGAACCUUCCUGGUCACAGCCCGCAGCGCAGCCAGCUCCGGCGCGCGAGUCCUGAAGACCCUCCGCAGCUGGGGCCUGGAGAUCGACGAGGCCCUCUUUCUGGCCGGGGCUCCCAAGGGCCCUCUGUUGCAAAAAAUCAGACCUCACAUCUUCUUCGACGACCAGAUGUUCCACAUUGAGGGGGCCAAUGAGCUGGGAACCAUAUCUGCACAUGUGCCUUAUGGAAUUGGACAGAAGUACAACAAGGGGAAGCUCAUCGAGGAGCCCAAAAAAGAAGAGUAAUUUGCAAGUGACAUACACUACACUAAUUUAUCUCCAUAGGACGAGAUUUGCUCCAAAUUAAUCAUGUUUUAAAGAAGCAGUAUUAUGUAUUUUACAGGCACAUAGGGGCAUUUUCUAGCACCAUCAAGUAACUAUGUCACCUUCAGUUGUUAUAAAAAGGCUGUAUAUGUAAAAUAUCACAAUAUAAUGCUUUAAAAUUGAGGCUUUAUUUCUUUAAGAAACUCCUUGCCCUUUCCGAGACUCCGCCUUCAGCACGUCAUCACAACAACGUGUGUUGCACUGAGAAGUAGCUCAUACCAUGAGCUCAGCAGAUGCGCAGCUCUUCUAGGUGUUUGCUAAUUGCUGCUGCCGCUAGUUUGGAGGAGCUGAGAGGUAAAGAUGUGACUUGGUGUGAGCAAGCGUUUUGCAAACCCAAACGGCUGCCAGCGGAGGUUAAAGGAUUUCUCAAACAUGCAUGAAAGAAUCAAAGCUGCACCCCAGUUAUGUUUCCAAUGAGGGAAUAACAUUAUAGCAUGAAGUAAAGCUCAAAAAAGUCUAUUUUUACACAAUACUGCCACUUUAAAAGUGCCAAACUAAAGAAAACGUUAGAAUUUAGUUUAUUAAAGGAUUUUGCAAUAUGUAUGGUGAGAAUAUAAUAUCUGCCAAAAUGUAUUUUCACAGAUAGAUUUACCUUAUGCAAUCCACAUUUUUUCCCUUUUUAAUUCUAGACAGAAAAAAAUCUAUUGUUACCUUUUUUCUGCAUCUGCUUCCUUUUUAAAAGCUCAGUCAGGAAUAAAUACAUUUUUAAUAAAGUUUACAUCAUUUUUAUUUAUUCCUCUUUGUGCCGUGUUUGUAUUUUUCCUUGACCUUGAACACGUAACGGUCCACUCUCUCCUGUUUGGUAAAAAUUGCCCGAUCCAUCAUUUUUAGGCAACGUUCUUGCACCUUUAUAGAACGCAUAUAUAUUUUAAAACAUUUCUGCCAGGGUAGAAAUGCUGUGGCUUAAAGGGACACUGAUGCUGCCUUUUAUGUUUUUCUUCUUGCUGGAUGUUGACAUAAAAUUCUAUUGUUUUGAUGCUUUUCUUAUGUUCAAGUUUAUUUGUAACAUAGGACCAAACUACUUGUGUUAGUUUUCGAACGCUACAGAAUUAUGCACGUCGGUAUUUUCCAAAUGCUGGAAAUAUCUGUAUUUGUCACUUGUUUUGUGCCGUUCAACUUUUCUAUCUAUAGCUACUUUCACACGGACUCUGUGAAAGUAGAGCCUGUGUGAAAGUUUUGCAUUGUCAGAUUGUAUUGAGCUCUGAGCAUGCAGUCGGGUUAAUAAAGUAAUGUAGAUCAAUCUUGUUUAUUGGUGUUUGGGGUAAGCACUAAAUUAGUAAGCAUUUUUAAGCAUUUUGAUAAAAUCUAUUUUUAGUCUAUAUUGUACUCCGUUUACAUAUUGAAAUAAGAAUAUGAAAACAAAAAAAAGUGCAUUUUUUUUAUUUUUUUUUUUAAAGAAUAAAAAUAUUUUCUGUUCCAAAAGCAUU